UCCGUGCCCAAAUUAUUGGUUCAUAAAUUUCCAUCGAAAUCAUGAAAGCCUUUAUCUCAUCACCUCUAUCCGUCAUACUUUUGAUUAUCGUUUCAUUUUCCGGAAUAACUACGCAGGAAGAUCCAGCUCCAAUGCCAUCCGUCGACGGCGCAAAGAUGGGAGGUACGUGCGAACUUCAAGUCAACGCUUUGUCGGGUCUCAGCGUCGCCAAAUUGGACGGCGUUUGUUACGAUAACAAAGUUACGGAUCGAAUCUGCUGCAAGAAUGCGGGCGUUUUGGGAAAAUCGGAUUCCGACGGUGGAGCCGUCACGAUUCGCCAAUCCUGCCAAGCCAAUCAAUACUGCUGUGCCGUGAAGGCGUUCUUGGAUAAAGUUAAAGAAGUCAAUGUGCUCUGUUAAAUUGUUUCAAAUUUUCUAGAAAUAAGUUGUCGGAAAUUAUGAAAUAAGAAAUUUAACA